AGAAUCUGUCACUCGUGUUCUGUCAACGUCGGCAGACAUGUGUGCAACCCUGCAACAAUGCAUCCCCAGACCACUGCCACCGCCUCGUAGGGACUUCAUGUAUGGGCUCCUGGGAGCCGCAGGCAGAUCAAUGACACGCAUGCCGUUCUCGAUCCGCUAACUCCGAACAAGGUGAGCGCUUCAGUUAACAACCAUUACUCAUGAGAGAGCGUUAUCUAGGCAGUUCCUCCCCUCUGCAUUUUUCAUCUCACAACCGCCAAAAUGACUGCCUAUGCGCGUGUGGGUGCUUGCACAGGAUCCAACAAGGGAAUCGGGCUCGCCAUUAUCCGCCAACUCGCCCUCCAGUAUCCGCACUCUCCACUGAACACCGGCCCUUUACUCCUCUACCUGACCGCCCGAAACGAAGAAAGGGGCCAGGCUGCUCUUGAGUCAAUCAAGGCCGACCCCCAGCUCCAACGUGCAAAAGCUCUGAGAAUUCAUGGAGGCCUCACGGACGUGAAAUUCCUGCCCCUGGACAUCGACAGCAAGCGGAGCAUCGAGGAGUUUGCGGGGAAAAUCACACAAGAGCAUCCCGAUGGCAUAGAUUUCCUGAUCAACAAUGCCGGAAUCGCGCUGGACGGGUUUAAUGAGAACGUGGUCAGGAAGACUCUGCAUUGCAAUUAUUAUGGGACAUUGGAGGUCACUCAGAAACUGCUGCCACAUAUCAAGGACGGCGGGAGACUGGUCAACGUGGCCAGCAUGGUGGGCCGACUCGGUUCCAGAUACUCGGGCUCCGUCAGGUCUCGGUUCUUGUCAGCGAAAACACCGGAAGAGAUCACCCAACUCAUGGAGGAGUUCUCGGCGGCGGUGUCGAAUGGGACAUACCAACGGAAUUGGCCUGGCACAGCGUAUGCGGUCUCCAAAGCUGGCGUAAUUGGGAUGACGAGGACGAUCGCCCGGCAGAACGCGCAAAAGGGCAGCAAAGUCUUGAUCAAUAGCUGUUGCCCAGGCUACGUCAACACGGACAUGACCAAGGGCCGGGGAGUGAAGACGCCGGACCAAGGAGCGCAGACGCCCGUAUUGUUGGCCAUAGGCGACAUUGGAGGCGCCAAUGGGCAAUUCUGGCAGGAACAGAGGAUCUCCAGCUGGGAGUGACGGGUGGAUUGAGGGUCGGCUUGAGGCUGGAUGAAAUGGGUGUCCAUCAAAUCUCUGCACAGGAUAUGUUCUGUAUACCUAGUAAGGCAUGCUCGAUUCUUUUACACAACUGCACACUCGAGG